AUGGCGAUGACACGGCAACUGCUGCUCGGUGGUGUUGGUGGCGAUCGGUGCCGCCGCCAUUGUCCAUCGUUCUCGCACUGGGUGCUGCUCGGGGCACUGUUCGCUCAGCUGGCGACGAGUGCACCGGCCGAAACCGGCCAGCAGCCAGCGAUUCCGGGAGUGAACUUAAUACACGGUGCGCCAGACCAUCUGCAAGAGCGAGAGCGACGCAUCAUCGGCCAGCGAAUGGAAGCGCUCGAGCCGCACUUCAUCGGCCGGGAACUGGCCAUCCCGGUGGCGUACCUCCAGUGCAUCGACGGUGACGGGCCGUCGCCCGCCGAGGACGACCUAUUGGCGCUGGCACUGGAUUCGUUUACCGGACCGGGUAGGCCACGUGUAGUGGUACGGGUUGCAGCAGGAAGCGGCAUGGCAGCGAGGGCCGCACUGGGCCAGGCAUUGAGUCCGUACGGUAGCGGCGACGUCGACUUGUCACUGGUGCUACUGGUCUCGGGAUUGGCCCCGCAUCAGCGUGCGAUGGUGCAGCAGGUAGGGUUGGAGUUCCCGCUGGCGGCGAAGCUAGUGCUACUCGGACCUGGCGGUCCGGACCCGCGGUGCCCGGACGAGACCGAGCUGCAGUCCGUGCACGAUCUACUCAGCGCUCUGUGGCGCACGGGGCAGGUGACGCACCUGGCCUUCGCCUGGUACCAGUGUCCGGCGGGAGAGGCACCUCUGGUGGCGCUGUACGACCCAUUCGCUCACCCUGGCACGCACGACUCGAGUCGCUGGUGGGGUGCAUUCCGACUGAUGAAGGAGCGUGAACCAGUGAACGGAGCCAACGGUGGUCAACACCUCAAUCUGAACCGUAUGCCCGUCGAUAUCCUGGGGUUCGACGCGGCGAUGGCCUACCGGCGGAGUGACAUCGAGAUGAUGCCGAGGACCUUUCCGCCUGUUCGGUGUACCGGUGGUGGCAGUGACCCGUCGGACACCGAGGGCUGUGGCGGCGAUAGUUCCCCGUAUCAGGACACCCUGUUCGGGGCGGAUGUGGACGCGCUGCGUGAACUGGCUCACCGGAUGAAUUUUAGCGCCCGCGUCCGCUACGAAGCCGGUAACUUCGGGUUCCGCACGGCGAACGGCACCUUCACCGGGGUGCUGGGUGGCCUGUUGGCCCGCCGAUCCUGGUUGUCCAUGAACGUGUACUUCCUGAAGGACUACGAGACGCGCGAUCUCCUGUUCAGUGCCGCCGUCUACCAGGACAGCCUGUGCGUGUUUGUGCAGGCGGCUGGCAUGCUGCCCAACUGGCUGCUAAUAUUUCGCUGUUUUUCACCGACGCUCUGGAUCAGUGCGUGUGGCACGGUGGUGAUCGUGACCGUGUGCUACAUCGCGCUCAGCGGACUCGUCGCCCGUCCGUCGGCAGAUCCCGACCGCUUGCCAGCGGUCCUGAUGGGCCAGAUCGUGAGCGCAAUGCUGAACGCACCCGUCGCGCGGCUCGAGGCUACGACGGGCCAUCAAAAGAUGUACAUCGCAUGCGGACUCAUCUGGGGUCUCACGCUGACCGGUGCGUUUCAAGGUUCGCUGGUCAACGUCUACACGACACCCCGCUCGAUGCGCAACCUGGACACGCUGGACGAGCUGGACGCGAGCGGGCUCUCGAUCACGGUCACCGCACCGGCCCUCAUCGUGGACGUGUUCGGAACGGAGCGGCCGGGACAGAACACGCUCGGCAACCUGAAGGCGCGCCUCGUGAUCCAGCACGACCCGACCGCGCAGCAGGUUGGGAGAGCGGUCGUGGCGGGCCGCACGGCUGGCCUGAUCCGCAACCAAGACUUUGGGCGGCUGCUAACCAAGCACCUGAUCGCUGACGGCACGUCGCAGGUGCACCGGCUGCAAGAGUGUCCGCGCAGCUACACCCUCGCCUAUCUGUACCCACGCGGAUCGCCCCUGUACCGGGUGGCCAACGGCCAUUUGCUGCGGUUCCUGCAGCACGGCCUGUACGCCAAGUGGCAAUCCGAUGCGGCCCACGUGCUGGCCAUGAAUCACGCCCUCAAGGUACGCCAGCUGCGCGCCCGCCAGCUGGCCGCCCAUCUACUGGACCAGGGCGAAGGCCGGAUGGCACUGCGCCUCGACCAUCUGUUGCUCCCGUUCAUGCUACUGUCGGGCGGGCUUGCCAUCGGUACCGUUUGCUUACUCGGGGAGCGCUACUUCCUGCCCCAGACUGGCCAUGCCAUGCGUCGAGACUGCAGAGCGCUGUUCCGUAUCGGCCGACAUCGAGUACGGGAUAAACGAUCGAUCGUGCAGAGAACGGUACUCCCAGGAGACAGACUGCAACAUGCAUCGUGA